AUGAUGUCCAUGAACAGCAAGCAGCCGCACUUCGCCAUGCACCCCAGCCUCCCCGAGCACAAGUACCCGUCGCUGCACUCCAGCUCCGAAGCAAUAAGGAGAGCGUGUCUUCCAACUCCGCCGCUGCAGAGCAACAUCUUCGCCAGCCUGGACGAGACGCUGCUGGCGAGGGCCGAGGCUUUGGCGGCGGUCGACAUCGCCGUGUCGCAGGGCAAGAGCCACCCGUUCAAACCCGACGCCACCUACCACACCAUGAACAGCGUGCCGUGCACCUCCACGUCGACGGUGCCGUUGGGUCACCACCACCACCACCACCAUCAUCAUCACCACCAAGCGCUGGAGCCCGGCGACCUGCUGGAGCACAUCACUUCCCCCUCGCUGGCGCUCAUGACCGGCGGCGGAGGACACGACGGGGCGGGCGGCGGAGGAGGUGGAGGCGGCGGCGGAGGAGGAGGUGGAGGCGGCGGCGGAGGUGGGGGCCUCAUCUCCACCUCGGCGCAUCCGCACGCGCACAUGCACGGCCUGAGCCACUUGGCGCACCCGGCGGCCGCCAUGAACAUGCCGUCGGGGCUGCCGCACCCGGGGCUGGUGGCGGCGCACCACGGCGGCAGCGCGGCCGGCCAGGCAGCGGCGGCUGCGGCUGCGGCAGUAGGCGCCGCUGGCCUGGCGUCCAUCUGCGACUCGGACACGGACCCUCGCGAGCUGGAGGCGUUCGCCGAGCGCUUCAAGCAGCGGCGCAUCAAGCUGGGCGUCACGCAAGCCGACGUAGGCUCUGCGCUGGCGAACCUGAAGAUCCCCGGCGUGGGCUCUCUGAGCCAGAGCACCAUCUGCCGCUUCGAGUCGCUCACGCUGUCUCACAACAACAUGAUCGCGCUCAAGCCCAUCCUGCAGGCCUGGCUGGAGGAGGCCGAGGGCGCGCAGCGCGAGAAAAUGAACAAGCCCGAGCUUUUCAACGGGGGCGAGAAGAAGCGCAAGCGGACUUCCAUCGCGGCGCCCGAGAAGCGCUCCCUCGAGGCUUACUUCGCCGUGCAGCCGCGGCCUUCGUCCGAGAAGAUCGCGGCCAUCGCCGAGAAACUGGACCUCAAAAAGAACGUGGUGAGGGUUUGGUUUUGCAACCAGAGACAGAAGCAAAAGAGAAUGAAAUUCUCCGCCACCUACUGA